CGGGUGCAUGGGCUGGCGGUCUUGUCACUUUUUUUUCUGCACCCUUUUGCAGCAUUUCAUUUGAAUCGAAAUGUCGCGUGGCGGUCGUGGAGGUUUUGGAAGAGGAGGAGGAGGCGCCCAAAGUGGGGCCAUGCAGCUUGUUUCCUUUGAUCUUUUGAAAGAUCUGGGAUCAGGCAGUCUGUUCAAUGUUCAAACCGCCUUAUUUCCAGAAAUGGACGUUCCUAUCCCUCGAAAGUCUACAGCCACUGAAGAAACGCAGUGGAAAUUGCGCAAAGAAUACCUUACCCUCAUCAAGAAUUCACCUUUUCACAUUCAACGACCUCCACCUCCACCAGAUAUCGAACGCUACUCUGAUAAGUACAAAUCCACUGAAACGAAAAAGCGAUCUUUACGAGAUAUAUCCACCGAUCUGGACUUUUUCCCAGAAGAACUGAUGAGCAUUAUCGAUCCAAGCAAAGCUAAAAAGAAACGAAAGAAACAAGUUGCCCAGGACGAUUUCGGUCAACUGGAAGCAUUACUCAAUGCCGAAGACAAAGACGACGACGGAGAAGACAACGAUGAAGAGAAAGAAGAAGGCGAAGGCGAAGAGAAUGAAGAAGAAUACGAAGAUGAAGAGGAACUGGUCGACGAUAAUGAUUAUAACCAAACUUACUUUGAUAAUGGCGAAGGUGAAGACAUGGAUGAUGAUGACGGUGACGGUGCCGGCGAUUAUAUGUAAAAAAAAAAAAAAAGAAAGGAAAUCGCAUCGCUUGAAAAUUUCAUUUUGUAUAGACUGCAGCAUAAUAAACAUGUAUAU